AUGUCGUCUCCUCCAGUACCAUCGACCACCGCGAACGGCACCACUCAAUCGAGUACUCCAAAUGAUUCUUCCUCAAUCCGCAAAGGUCCUUCUGUCAAUGCUGUCUCCGGGAACGAUGUCGAGGGCCAGGAUAGGAUACGGAUAGAAGGAGAACUAACUCGAACAUCGCUCGAACGCUCGUUGGUCUUUCGUUUGGAUUGCUUCCUUAUGGCUUUCGGUUGCAUUUCGCAAAUUAUCAAGUAUCUGGAUCAGCAAAAUAUCAGUCAGGCAUAUGUAUCCGGCAUGAAGGAAGAUCUAGGACUGUAUGGGAAUGAACUCAACUUCUUCUCGACAUACUUCCAAGUCGGUUAUUGUAUCAUGCUAAUCCCGUCCCAAGUCAUCAUGACAUACAUGCGUCCAUCCUGGUGGCUUCCGGGUCUCGAAUUAAUUUGGGGGAUCCUUACCGGACUUGUAGCAACAGCCUCGAACGCGUCACAGAUUUACGCGUUGAGGACGUUUAUCGGCUUAUGCGAGAGUAGUGCUUGGCCUGGGAUGAUGACUCUGUUCAUGCACUGGUAUACGCCUACUGAACUCGCAAAGCGGAUGGGAUUCUAUCAUUCUUGUCAAGCUGUUGGUGCAAUGAUGGCAAACGCGUUACAGACGGCCGUGCAUCAGACGUUGGAUGGCAGACAUGGAUUACCUGGAUGGAGGUUGGUCGUGAAAGCUUUUCCGAGAUCCUAG